AAGGCCCAAGGCCACAUGCAGCCAGGCCUUAGACCCCGCCCCUUCCGCCUUACGUCUGACGUCACUCGGCGCGGCCGAGAGCGGGCGAUCCGGGUUUGGCUGCCCGGGUUUUCGCGGCUCUGCGUGUGCGCGGCUGCGCGCGUGGAGACCGGCUUUGAAAUGCAGCGGGAUUUAGGGAGUUUCCCUCUGUCCCCAGGGGUGCGGGUGAAGCUGGUGUCUGCAGGUUUCCAGACUGCUGAGGAACUCCUAGAGGUGAAACCCUCCGAGCUCAGCAAAGAAGUUGGGAUAUCUAAAGAGGAAGCCUUAGAAACUCUGCAAAUUGUAAGAAGAGAAUGUCUCACAAAUAAACCAAGAUGUGUUGGUACAGCUGAGUCAGGCAAGAAGUGCACAGCACUGGAACUGCUUGAGCAGGAGCAUACCCAGAACUUCAUAAUUACCUUCUGUUCAGCACUAGAUAAUAUUCUUGGGGGCGGAGUACCCUUGACCAAAACAACAGAAAUUUGUGGUGCACCAGGUGUUGGAAAAACACAAUUAUGUAUGCAGUUGGCAGUAGAUGUGCAGAUACCAGAAUGUUUUGGAGGAGUGGAAGGUGAAGCAGUAUUUAUUGAUACAGAAGGAAGUUUUAUGGUUGAUAGAGUGGUAGACAUUGCUAAUGCCUGCAUUCAGCACCUUCAGCUUAUAGCAGGAACACAUUUGGGAGAGGAGUACUCAAAAGCUUUGGAGGAUUUCACUCUUGAAAAUAUUCUUUCCCAUAUUUAUUAUUUUCGUUGUCGUGACUACACAGAGCUACUGGCACAAGUUUAUCUCCUUCCAGACUUCCUUUCAGAACACUCAAAGGUUCGAUUAGUGAUAGUGGAUGGUAUUGCUUUUCCUUUUCGUCAUGACCUAGAUGACCUAUCCCUUCGUACUCGAUUGUUAAAUGGCCUAGCCCAGCAAAUGAUCAGCCUUGCAAAUAAUCACAGAUUAGCUGUAAUUUUAACCAAUCAGAUGACAACAAAGAUUGAUAGAAAUCAGGCCUUGCUAGUUCCUGCAUUGGGGGAAAGCUGGGGACAUGCUGCUACAAUACGGCUUAUUUUUCAUUGGGACCAAAAGCAAAGGUUGGCAACAUUGUACAAAUCACCAAGCCAGAAGGAAUCUGCAGUACUGUUUCAAAUCACACCUCAAGGAUUUAGAGAUGCUGUUGUUGCUACUUCAUGUUCAUUGCAAACAGAAGGUUCAUUGAAUUACCGAAAACGGUCACGAGAAUCAGAGGAAGAACAGGAAUCCAAAGACUAGUCUCAAAGUAUACAAAUGUAUUGAUGCUGUGAGAUAAAUGUAUACAAGUAGUAGACUUAUUAAAAUAUAAAUACACACUAUGGCAUGAAUGAAUCAGGAAUAUAUGAAAUGAGUGGGAAAAAUACUUAAUGAAUAUGAUGUUAUGAAAGAGUUUUUCUAAAGCCGUGUUCUAUAAUUAAAUUUUGCCCUGUUUUCAUUUUUAGUAUCAUUCAGUAGAGAUGAUACAGGUAUUGUAUUAUGCUUAUCUCAUGUGGCCAAUAUGAAUUUACUAUUCAGACUUUUGUUUCCUCCCUCUUUUGCUAAUUGCCCAGAAAUUGCUAGGAAGAAAAGAUAUUUUUCACAUUCCUAUUUUAUUCUCCUCUUUAAAUAUAGCUUUGAUAAUUCUUAAAAAUGACCCGUUUUUACUAUUAUAAAGAAAGGCUAGCACCAUGAGUCAGCAUGUCAUUAUAUUCAGUUUUAUGGGUAGUAUACAAAUUUUAGUUGACCAGUCUGGUUUUAGUGAUCCCAAUCCUAAAAUCUAAGCUAUUUGUUUAUUAUUUAUGUUAUUUUUUAAUGUUAAAGGAGGGACUUUGGAGCUGUUACCCCAUCAAGAAUUUAUCUUCCAGAAUAGUCAAGUUGAUAAGCUCACAGUUAGUUGUUUCUACAUUUUUGAAAUAAGGUGUAUUGACCUUUUCCUUUAAUAAUCUCAAUAUUGCUUGAAUAAGUUUAAAAUUUGGAUUCUUGAAUUGUUUCGAAAUCAUCUAAGAAUGUUUUGGCACCUGGUUCUUUUUUAUUUUUAAAGAUUGGCACCUGAGCUAACAUCUGUUGCCACUUCUUU